AUGCGAGACCCGCAGUCGGGGCUGCCGCGUCGUCGCCAGACCGACGCUGAGAUACGUACCAUGGUCGAAGUCGUUGAGGUGCCGUCCAGCCACAUAAGCGAGGCGUCCCCCCGCGGCUCGGCGCGCCGCCAGCGCUCGCGCCGCCGCGCUGCGCCCGCGGCGCCCGCCCGCACGCCCCACGACCCCCGUGGCCCACAUACGUCCCACGCACCAUCCCAUACUCAGCGUGGCGCACACGCACAAAACUCCCCGCAAGUGUCGCCGCGUGCGCCCCCUCCGCGCCCACGGCCCGCGCAGCAGCCAGCCUCGCCGGGUCAGAGUCCUCGACUUCCGAAGCUCCAACACGUGGCAUCCGCGUACAACAAGGGGCCGCUGAGCAGCAUCCGCAGCGUGAGCGAGACACAAGAGACGGUCAUGGGUGACCCGCUCACGCCAAUCUCACGGAUACAGUGUGCCAAGAAGCAACCGGAGUCCGAAUUUAGCAUGGAGGGAUUCGAGGCGCGAGAGGAACUGGAGACCACGACGAGUAAGUUCGAGUACGAGUCGUUCACAACAGGCAACGAGUUCCGAGACGCGACCACUACACAGAGUAGCAGAGAUGGCAGGAGUCACGGGAAGGAAAAUGUAGCACAACCUUUCAAUGGAACGACAUCAGCUCGCUCUGUGGACAGGAAGACUAAUAAGGAGAAAAAGACGGGAGACGGGAAUCCAGCUGGGUGUGAAGUGACCAGACUUCUAAAACAGCUUUGUGGGGGUGACACUGGAGGGAGCAGAAGCGAACGUACGUCUGGCGCCAAAAACGCUCAACUGGUGUGCAUCAGCAGUAGUCCACGACAACCGAGCACUCCGCAGCUUUUACGAAUAUUGGAAGAAACUAUUCAAAAAAAGGUGCCAAAGUCUAUCUACCACAAACCGAAGCCGAAGACUGCGGAUCGGCUGCGUCUCACCUUCAAUAUACCACAACAGACCGCUGACAACUUGUUCCAAUACCGAACGAAGUUCGUCCAACACAUGCUGGCGAGCUCCUUGUACGCGAACAGCGCGGUCGGCAAACCUUGGGAGAUGAUUGGCAGUGUUUCGCAGCACAUAAUUGACGAGAUACUCCUCAAGUGUGCGAAAGAGAUGCAGAUACAGAACAUUGUCCUAGAGAUGUACAAGAGAGAGACGCAAUGA